AGCCGACAGGCGGCGACGUGGAGUAAACAACAUGGCCGCCGCUUUGCUCCCGUCAGCUGGUAGAGCGGCUAUGGCCAAGUCUCUCGUAUCGCGGAUCCUUGGCGUCUACAAAAUCGCCAAGGUGCGUCCAAGCACGCGAUCGGCGCUGGUGCGACCUCUUUGCGUGUCCGUGACGAGUAGAGGUGUCGGCAAGUACACCGGGAUCCAGGAGAUCAUCCUCACCAAGGACAGGGCUCAGGACUUGAUCUGCAGGCUGCUGCCAGAGGAACGUCGAAUUCUCAUGGACGAACUGUCGUUGCACGUCGGCGCCACCGAAACGAGAAAAACCGCCGUUUUUGUUGACCAGGGCCAGCACACAAGUGGUUUGCAGGAGACGUCUGAUGCAGAGGCAGCGGGACCCACUGCAGAGCAGUUGAGGAUGAUGGCCAUUCACAAUGCCCUCCCCUUUGUUGGAUUUGGGUUUCUCGACAACUUCAUUAUGAUUGUUGCGGGCGACUACAUAGACACUACAAUUGGAAUUGGACUUGGGAUUUCAACUAUGGCAGCUGCUGGUUUGGGAAAUGCAAUAUCGGACGCUGCUGGAAUUGGGUCUGCCUGGUACGUUGAAAAACUGGCGGUCAAGAUCGGCGUCCAAGCUCCGGGCCUGACUCCCGCUCAGCUGGAAAUGGCGGCCACCCGAUGGAGUGCCAACAUUGGCCGUGCGGUGGGCGUCUUCGUGGGCUGCAUCCUUGGCAUGUUCCCCCUUUUAUUCCUCUCCUCCAAGGAAGAUGUCAGGCAGCGGCACGAGAAGCCGAGUUGAAGCACGCAAACUGUGACAGAGAUCCUACGUCGCGGAUCACCCCAGCACUCCUGCCUCGCGUGCGACAACACAUUCGCUCCACCACAAGCCUAGUGUGCCCCAUUUGUCGCCUGUUAAGAUGUGCCGCUUCUGCCCAAAAGUGCCGCUUUCAGCGUCGGUCGUAAAGGGUCACUGCAUUGAAGCUUUAGUUUAUAGUUGGAGACGGAUGUUUGUUCGCGGCACCUUCCCAGAUGUGUGGAUACGGUCAUGUGUUCGAAACAAGCUUUGCAGUGUCAGAAACCGGUGAGAGAGAACCAGUAAGUGUGGCACCAAUAGCGAUGCCCCGUAACAAUGGAAGGCGGAUGGAUGCUACCUUGAGGUUCGGGUUGAAGCCUGACGACGGAACUAACAAUAGCUAGUGCGCAGUAGUUGCAAGCGCUUGGGUACGAGUGUGCUAUUUUGAAAAGCACUUUCGCCACGCAUAUAAGUUGUCGUGGUGAAGACAAUUAGGCUAACGCUCUCUAUGCCUGGAAUCCAUUCCGCAACAAUCGCUUGACCGUCUUGUCGAGGAGGCAGUCUCUCGGAUGUUUGACUAAAAUUAAAAGAAGAAUCUGGGAAACGUUUUGUUUUUCGGAUCGUUGAAGCCACGUUUCCAGCUAUAAACAUCUGUCUCUAAAAAAUGUGUGACAAAGAUAUUUUAGUUUCUUGGGCCUCCUCGCUGUCACAAGAUGGUAGUUCAAAAAGUUUGAAAUUUUAUUCAGUGUUCCAUCGGCUUUAAUUGGAUGCCGCAAACUGAGGUUCUCUUCUGGGGUUGAUUAUUGGCCGAUUCAGUUGAAUCUUGCAAGACACUCUCAAAGCAGAAAGAGAUACCUAAUUGCAUGUGGGUAAUCAGAAUUGCAGACGCUUGACGCCCCUGAAUGUGAUGCCACCACAAGUUUAACGCCGUGGUAUUAUGCUUUCUGUGCUGGCACAACAAGUCCCGCUUGAUCGAACACUUGAAUAUUUCGACGCGAUCGAAGGGGUCACUUUUCAUCUGAUGUCGAACUCUUCGUAGUGUCCUUAUUGCGUUGCCUGGCAGCCUUCUAGGGAAAUUACUGUGUUAAUUUAUACUAUAAUUAAUAGUAAGUGUCUUUCGGCUUUUAUACCUAUCUGCAACCCAGGAGUGUCGUCGGCAUCCCCGGCGAUGCUUUGUAAACAGCUCUCUGUUGGUAGCCACUUGGACGAUCUUUCUGUGGCUUAGAUAGCUGAAGCUUGCUGUACAAUGCAGGGUCUGUGCUUUCGCCUGAGCAAGCACUCACUGUUCGUCAUUUAAAAUUGGCGAUCAGAGCAUACUUCAAGUAUAUAUAUAAAACCAGUGUGAGCAAGUGUCCACCACCCCAAUUUCCAACACGGUAUUUUUGUUGUUUUUGGGGGGGUGAAGCGCCAGCUCAGUAUUUUACAUUGCUCUUCACACGAGGCUUUUGAAUCCCAGUGCCCGCUCACAGACUCAUCAUUGCAUGCUUCACGGUCAACAAGCCCAUGGCAUCGAUGUACAUUUUGUUAAUGACCAUGCAAUGUGGUGAUACUCUAGAUUGUGCUUUGUGCGUAGAGUGUGUGCCGUUGUGUGUCGCAUUCACUGACACUCGCGUGUUUCUGUUUGUUGCACAGUUCUUUUUAAGUUAUGAGUUGUGCAGCUACCAUUUUUAGAAGGCAAUGAUCAGUGCCUGCACGCAUGUGCUAGAUGCAGGCUACCUAUUUGGUUGCUAUUCGGAAUGUCGGCUGCUAUAACGGUCUUUGUGUUUUGAACUGUGAGCAUUUAAAGUUGGGCUGUAAUCCUUGCACACUGCUAGUCAUUCUAUGAACAAGCAGAUCCAGUUGUUGAAACCCUCGUUUUAAGGAGCAUAAUCAGACAACUGUUGCAAUUGUUAUGACACCCACAGUGCACAACACAGCUUGGAAAUUGGACAGCCAGCUUUUUCUGUUUUUGUUAGUUUUCACACAACUUUUUAACUUUGUAUGCACGCAGUGUCUGGUGGUAAACUGCACAAAAAAACGAGCAGAGCGCCAACAUCACAUUUGGGUUACCUAGUCGUGCACUCUACAUUUGUCGUAAAACAAACAGCAGUUGUGUUGUGUUUCUAGGUAUUGUGGCCCACUGAGUGUUGGUUUCAUACAGCCUGGCUCGUUAAAUAUCUGGCAACCCUGUCCACCGUGUCGGCGGCAGUCGUUCGCUCUAGGCAGAGAGAUAGCGACACUAAGUCGAUUCAUCUAUCCAUGUUACAGCGACGUUCUCAGGACCUCUAGCCCACAAGCAUUACACUUUGAAAAGCAAUAUAUGCCAUGCUGUUAUCCUUCACUGAGCUCACUGACUAUGCUCACCGAGCACUUUUCUUCGAACUCAGCCACUCACUUUGGAAAUGUGGAAGACGAAAUGUUGGUGAUGAAUGUUAGGAGUCUUAGGCCAUAGCUGAGUAGAUUAUGUGUUGCCAAAUGGUGCAUAGGCAUAUAGUAUAGAAAACAUAAUGUUUGGUCACAUUACCAGCGACAAAUCUAUAUAGAUAGGCAUCUUCUUGUCGCAAGCCAUCUCUGAAACUGGAGAUCCGCCCACACUGUAGAUUUGCACAGAAUGGUAUUUGCAUUAACGCAAAUGGUCAUUGAAGCCAUGCUUUUUUCAUAAUGUAAACAGGUUAGUCUACCUUAGCUAAUUGCAAGUAAUGGUAGUAUAAGGAUAAUUCUGGUUCCUAGCUAGUAAUAGUUAGAGUCAGUCCAGUCUUCCUGCCUGUUCAAUUUCUUAUAUGUUGCCAGCAAUGUAUUGCAAACAAUGUUAGUGGCAUCAAUUAAGGAACUCCGCAGCUGUUGUAAGAUCUUUUAACGACAAUUCAUCAGUCGCAAGAUCUUUUAUUUUCAUAUGAAAAAUUUUAUUCAAGACCUCAAUCCUCAUGCAAGAGCGAGCUGCACAUCCUUUAACUUACUUGCAUUGCAUUGAUCUAGUCGUCCGUUACCUAAUGCAGGUGGCAGCCUAGCUAAAAGUAUACAUAGGUUAUCUUGAGGAGGUUGGAACAGAAGGGCCCCACAGUUCUAUAAAAUUAGAUUUUUUAAUAAGAGAGUUCCUGACAGCAUUGUUUCACAAGAUGGAGCUUGUUAUACUACUUGACUGCGAUGUUUGCAAAGGGUCCAGAUGAAUAGUUCUGGUGGGCAGCAUUGUUCAGACCAAUGUAGAGUGUGCAAAGCAAUGUUGUCCCACAUCCACCCACAGUGCCAUCCUUUGCACAGUUCUUUGGGCACCUUUGGAAAAUGUAUAGCCAUUAUAGUUAGAGCUGUCGUCAAUCUCUCGAAGCUCAAUUCAGAAAAAACUGAAAGAUACAGUCAAACCCGUUUAUAACGAACAGCAGGAAACGCUACGGUCAGUUCGAUAUAGCAAGUAAUUCGAUAUAGCAAAACCCAUUUACAACGAACUUCCACGAUGCGUUCGUUGUAAGGCGAGAGCUUCUCUUUCUUUCUCAUCUCUUCGCUUCCGCCUUGUAACAACGUGCUAAAAAGAUUUUUUCUUUUAUUGCAUGUGUGUAGAGGUGUUUCUUUAGCUUUCUCCCCUUCUGAAUCUUUUCUUCGCUCAGUUUUCUUGGCAACUUUAGCUUUUAAAAUUUUCUUUCUUUCCUACUUUUUUUUUGGUGUGGGGGGGAGGACAGGCUAGAAGACGAUUGUUUGCACAUUUUCGGAAGCCUUCUCGGGGCAAAAGUUUGAUAUAGCCAAUAUGUUGUUCGUUAUAAAAAGUACUUUUUACAUGCAUUUUUAUUUAAAUUUUCCGUAAGUUCGAUAUCGACAAUAAUGCGCUGUACGUGGCUUCGUUCUAAACGGGUUUCACUGUAUGAAUAUUUUAAAUAUGUUUGAGUUCGGCCGAUUAUCUACCUUUCUAAUUUGAGUUGACCGGGUUUGAAUGCUGCGAGCUUUUUAGGAGCGUGGAGCGCAAAAGUUGCAAGCUUUUCUAGAGUUAAGUUCAACAAAGUUUAAGUUCCAGCUUUGUCUCAGUUACUUACUUGACCUCUAAGUGAAUUUUCUUGCACAACCAAUAUGCCUCCUCAUGGCGCAUUAUAAAUUUAGUUCUAACUUAUGUCACCAAGCACCGUUGCUGUUGUACAGUGAUCGAAGCGUGUCCCCCAUGGGAGUACCUGCCAUUGUACAUACCGCUGCCUUCACGGCCACGCACUGAAGCAGCUAAUGCCCAGAAACGACAGUGUUUUGUGAUACCCAACGGCGGCUGGUUCCGCAGCUUCCACUCCGAAUGAUGCUUUUCUGCUCAAAAUGCCUUUUUUCUGUACAGCCCUUUCUUUUUCCCGGAAUAUAACGGUGGUAUUCUCCCAGAAAACCUGUGUCCGUUCUCGUUAUUCUCGAUUUGUGCGUGCACUGUAGUCGAGCUGACGGCGUGAAAAUGGCAGGGAGGUAGUUCAGUUGUCCUGCCUCCGGUGUGAGCUUCAAGCAUGCAUUGCCAAAGCACGAUAAAGGGCAAAGAGUGCACGCUGGAGGCUGAGCACCCAACAAAGGCACUCUGCGUUCUCGUCUCGCCGCGGAAACUACACAGCGUGCAAGUUCGUCUGAAUCUUGCUCACAUCUCAGAUUUGUUUACCCUCGAAUGUGUCCACAUGUUUUUGUUUCACCACAACCUCAACCAAUAUUGAGGCGCGCGCUCGUCUGCCUUGUCAUUGCCCGUUCCAUAUGCAUUAUCUAUGUUGCCCUUUGAUUGGCGUGCUCCUCCUUGAGUUCUGAUGCGCCGAAGACGGCGUUUUGGAACACUUGCUCACCGUAUGGAGCAACUUUAUGACCCCGACUGAAAUGAACUAGAAGGAACAUGGUUUGCCUUCCCCCCAGUUUUUGCUAAAGUUGGUGGUGAAGUGCAUCUUUGUUCUAGGGUUUUUCGUCCAUGAGGGCUCUGUUUAAUUUCUGCACAUGAGCUGCUCCCUAUCUUUUGUUUUACUAUUGUUCUUUGCAAAUAUUAUUUGGUAUUUGCAUCUGUACUAAAGUGACUAAGCCAGAACUGUAACUGAAGGGAACUUAGAAUGGAGAAAUUUUGCACUUCACUUCCCAGUUGUGCGAAACAUUAAUGGCGAUGAGA